CCCCCCCGCCUCACACCCUCCUCUCUUCCCCCCCCCCCCCCCCGCUCUACGCACGCCCGCCCAUCAUGUCCAACACCCAGACCCAAGACAAGGCCGAACCCAGCCAACAGCCCCAACAACAACAGAAGCCGUCUGUCCUGGAAGAGGACGACGAGUUUGAGGAUUUCCCCGUGGAAGACUGGCCCCAGGACGAAACCGAACAAGGCACCACCGCCAACGGUACCGACGCCCACCUGUGGGAGGAGAGCUGGGACGACGACGAUGCCGCCGAGGACUUCUCGAAGCAGUUGAAAGAGGAGUUGAAAAAGGUGGAUGCGUCUCGUUGAUUUGAUCUGGUCUGUGGGUUGUUUGGUCGGAGGGAUAUGGAUUUAGGUUUAUUGUGGUUUAUGAAGAAUGAAAUUGAUUUUGUUUCGACG